AUGGCAGAAAUGCCGCGGUCUUCCAUUGACCAGGAAGCAAAAUGUAUCGUGCCCCCAGACAUUGUCGACGGACAGAAAGAGCGUGGAUCGGUAGACAUCCUUGGCCCGGAGGAGGAAAAGAGACUGGUAAGGAAGAUCGAUCUACAUUUGAUGCCACUCCUGAUCAUUAGUUACGGCCUCCAGUUCCUGGACAAGACGAGUCUAUCCUACAGUGCGAUCCUUGGAUUGAAGGAUGAUCUGAACCUUGUCGGACAAGAAUAUAGUUGGGCAUCCAGUAUCUUUUACAUCGGCUAUCUCGCGGCUUCGUACCCGAUUUCUCUUGGAUUUGUCAAGUUCCCUCUGGGAAAAUAUCUUAGCUUACUCAUUUUCCUCUGGGGCGCUAUGUUGACUCUCCAUGCUGUUGCUCAAAAUUACGCCGGGCUCAUGGUCUUGCGAACCUUCCUGGGCGUGUUUGAGAGCGCUAUCAGCCCAGGUUUCUCAUUGAUAACUGGAAUGUGGUACACACCACAGGAGCACGUUUCUCGCCACACAUUUUGGUUCGCAGGAAAUGCCAGUUUCAGCAUCAUCGGGUCGCUGAUUGCUUACGGUAUUGCGCAUUAUCACGACCACUUCCCACCAUGGAAGAUACUAUUCCUUAUUUUUGGCCUAAUAACCGUGGCAUGGUCAAUUGUAUUGUGGUUUUACCUGCCGGACUCUCCAUCGGAUGCUCACUUCCUUUCUUCUUCUGAACGUGAAUUUGCUUCCCUGCGACCGAAAAAGUUCCAACGAACGACUCAAACGAGGAAAUGGGACCGAAACCAAUUCAUUGAAUCUUUCACAGAUUUUAAAACAUGGUGGUUGCUGAUUUUCUCAUUCGUCAUCUGUGUUCCAAAUGGGGGCACGACUAGCUUCCAAUCUCUCCUGAUCGCUGGUUUUGGCUACGAUAAAUACCAAACCAUUCUCAUGGGUCUUCCCGCUUCGGCAUUUCAGUUGGCAGUGAUCUUACUGGCCACUGUAUUCUGCAUGAAUGUUCGCAAGUCCCGCUUAAUUGCAAUGGUUUUGGUAUUAGCUAUGGCCCUGGCAGGUAUCCUUAUGGUCAAGUUGAUUCCAUCGGAACAGAAGCUGUCCCGGCUAGCUGGGUACUGGCUGACUUCGGCGAUCUCGCCAGUUUUUCCGCUCAUGUUGUCCCUCCACGCAAGCAACACGGCUGGAUUUACCAAAAAGUCGACCGUUGCUGCAUUGAUCUUUGUAGGCUAUUGUGUUGGAAACCUGAUAGGACCGCAAUUUUUCAAGAACUCGGAAGCACCAUACUAUCCCACUGCCUACACCACUAUUGUAAUUUGCCAUGCUAUAUCUGUGGCCUUGGCGAUCGUGUUUCGCGUCUACUUGGGGUGGGAGAAUAGGCGACGUGAUAAGGAGCAGGGAGUGCAUAUUAAUCCGGAAGAAACUCGUGAAAUUGAUCUACACACGGACGAGGCCUUGGACCAUGCUGAUGAGACGGAUAUCCAGAACCGCAGCUUUAGAUACAUUGUUUAG